UUCUACUGUUUCCGUCCAUUUUAUGAGCUAUCGUUAACAAAUGAUUAAUGGCUCAUUAAAAAUGUGUCGCACUUUAACGUAAGAUAACACUUUAACUAUGAUAACAAAUAGUCGGAACAAUAACUGCGGCGGUUGUUAUCGGUAAACUGUCGGUUUGCAUCGCAUUUGUGUAUGUGUGUGUGAGUAUGUCGAAAUCUCUUAACACAUAUCUUUUGAUUUUCAAAACAUUACAUUUUAUACAAAUGUAUAAAAUGAGACUCGUCCGAUUUCAUGAUACGGCAUAUACAUGGUCAAGUGAAUAUGCGUAUCUUGUAUUAUUUUGAAUCGUUCUGAAUCACGAUCUCACGGUCUGGCACGGGCGCGGCCACGGCCGCGCUCGCGCGCCCCGUCUAUUUCGGUGAAUCGAAAUCAUUUUUCGAUGCACCAUGUAAGGAGCGCAGGAAACGAUCUCUUCAUUCACUCGCGAUAAUCGGGAAAGCAUGUUACUGUAAUGUUGGUGACAGUUGUGAUAAAGUGUGUAUAUCUAUAUGUGUAUAUGCAUCACAUAUACACACACACACAUACACAUUUGUAAAUAUAAUGAUCGAAAAGUUGCCGAAAAUAUACAUACAUUUCUUACAUAUCGGACGUAUCCGUUUGAUGAUGAAAAGGCAGAGAGUGGGGAAUCUAUUUAUAUAAUAGGGAUAUGUUUCAUGCCGCAACGUCCGCAGCCCCAUAGCGGACACGCGACACUAAUUUAUUAAAAUAAUCAUAAUAAACGCGUGCGCUCGCACGCACGUGUGUAUAAGCGAAUACGUACGAGCGACAUAUCGAGCAUCGUGGCACCGUGUACUGUUCGCAUAUAGAGGUGUGCAGACAUGUCUUUCCGCGUGGUGCGUACCAGCAAGUUCCGCCACGUGUACGGAACUUCUUUGAAACGUGAACAAUGUUACGACAAUAUUAGAGUGUCCAAAUCAUCGUGGGACUCGACGUUUUGCGCCGUGAAUCCCAAAUUUCUCGCUAUUAUCGUAGAAUCGGCGGGUGGCGGUGCCUUUAUCGUCUUACCACACAAUAAGAUAGGAAGGAUACCAGCAGACUAUCCUUUAGUAGGUGGACACAAAGGACCUGUGUUAGAUAUUGCAUGGUGUCCUCAUAACGAUAAUGUCAUAGCUUCUGGUUCUGAAGAUUGUGUUGUCAAAAUAUGGCAAAUACCUGAUGGAGGUAUUUCUAGGACAUUAACCGAAUCGAUAGUAGAUCUGCAACUACACCAACGUAGAGUUGGUUUAGUGCUAUGGCAUCCAUCCGCAUUAAAUGUCUUGCUGACAGCUGGUUCGGACAAUCUUGUUAUUAUCUGGAAUGUUGGUACAGGAGAAGCCUUAGUACGCAUUGACUCUCAUCCAGAUGUGGUUUAUUCCGCAUGUUGGAACUGGGAUGGAUCUCGAUUAGUUACUACUUGUAAAGAUAAAAAAAUUAGGAUCUUGGACCCGAGGUCAGGUGAAAUAUUAGAAGAAGCCAUAGCUCACGAAGGAAGCAAAGCAACUCGUGCCAUCUUUCUAAGGUAUGUGCUCCAUAUAGAGUGCUACAUUUCAAAUGUAACAGGCCGAAUAUCUCGAUAACUAAAUGGAAUAUCGAGGUCCGGUUCUUUUUUACGCGUCCAUCCAAAGUCAAAAUCUUUUUAUCAAAAUUUGUUCGCCUCGAAACAAUACAGCCUAAAGAAAACCGGACCUCCAUAUUUCAUUUAGUUAUCGAGAUAUUCGGCCUGUUACAUUUGAAAUGUAGCACUCUAUAUG